AUGGCUGAAUAUGAUAAAGAAGAAAAUCCUUUUGCAGACAACGAUGAGUACAUUGAGGAUACAAAUGCUAUUUUACCUCCGAUAGUUGGUGCUACCACUUUCAAGGUGGAACAUAGUUUAAUCCUAUUGCUCAAAGCGGAGGGGUUUUUCAGGAAUUCCACUGAUAAUGAUUCGACACCACAUCUUAGAAACUUCUUGGGUGAAUGUGCGAUUCACAAGCAGAAUAACAUCUCAGAUGAUGCCCUAAGGUUGAGGGUGUUCAAGUACUCACUUGCUGGGGAAGCAAGGAAAUGGCUUCAAAAUUUGCCACCAAAUUCCAUUCAUUCUUGGCCUGAACUUGUCCAAGCAUUCUUAGCUGAAUGGUUCCCGCAAAGCAAGAAAUCUGAGCUUCAGGAUAAGAUUUUAUUUUUCAAGCAACUACCGGGAGAACAUCUACAUGAGACAUGGGAUCGAUUCAAGUUAUAUUUGGUGAGGUCGCGUAAUCAUGGUUUUCCGGAUUCUAUCUUGUUGGAGAAAUUCUACAUGGGUUUAGAUGCUAUGAACCAAUCUAUAGCAAAGAAUGCAGCUGAUGGAUCUUUUAUAGAUAAGACAUUUGCAAGGGUCACACAAAUCCUUGACAAAAUGGUGCAACACAAUCAAGCUUUCACUCAGAGGACACCACAAUAUGGAAUUGCUUAUGGUACUCCCUCCUUGACCAACAUGGUUAAGGAGAACCAAGAGAGAGAUCAAGUAAUUGCAGGGCUUGCCACCAAUGCCAAUGUGUUGACAAAGAUGUUCAUUAAAAGCCAAAUGAAAAAGGUAAACGUGGUGGAGGAUGUUCAAUCCACAUCAAAUGAAGACUUUGAGGAAGCAAACUAUCUUAACAACUCUCAAGGGGGCAAUCAAAGGCAACAAUACCAAGGUCAAGUACAACAAAAUCAAUGGAGGCCUAACCUGCAAGGGCAAGGCAACCAACAGUGGCGAAAUGACCGAGGUAGCUCAAAUCAAGGAAAUUGGAAUAACAACAACAACAACUUCUCAAAUCAGAGUUCAAACCCUUAUGUUCCACCAAAGGGGCAAUAUUCAAAGCAAGGUUCCUCAAGUGAUUCCAAGUUGGAAAGCAUAGUUGAACGGGUAUUGAAAAAUCAGGAAAGGCCCGACCCUUUUUAA